AUGCAAUUCUCCACCAUCACCUUCCCACUCCUCGCCCUCUUCCUCACCAACACCCUCGCCAUGCCCUCAAGUCCCAACACCAACACCCUCGAUUCUCGCGGCAACGAUUGUGCCACCUCCUGCUCUUGCGGUAACGUCGUUGGAUUCUGCAACAAUGGCAAAGUAGUCGGACAAACCAAUUGUCGCUGCUUCGGACAAUCUGGAGAUUGUGAUGUGGUUAUGUGUCCCGAAAUGGCUUAUAAGCAAGUGCUUGUUUGCGGUCAAAAGGGUACAGGAUGUGUUUGGAUUUAAGGUUUUGAUGUGGAUGAUCUCUUUUCUGUCUUGAUUUGGAUUUCAGGGGUGGGGAAUUUCGAUCUUAGAGUCUGAAUGAACUCGAGGAGAUUUAACUAUUUUCCUUGCACUUCUUCUCUUCUCUUCUCGCAACGACAACGACAACAACGACAAUCCAAAUUCCCCAUCUCUCAGCUACAAGAAAGAAAGUACGAAAUGCGAACUGAGAAACUGAGCAAAGAGUUGGUGAUCGGAGGAUGUUGUAUGAUAGAUUUCCUUUUUAUGUGUCAUUGUUUUCAUUUGUGUGUUUGGGAUGGGAUAUGAUAGAGUUAGAAGUUAGAGCUUUUCUCAUGUACUGGAUACAUGGAAAUCGCUUGCAGUUUAGAUAGAAUAUAAGAUUGC